AAGACACUGUUGAGGGAAAUCAAUCAGUGAAUAAAAUAUUGAAGGUAAACAUCCUCAGAGUUGGAGAGAGACAGCGACAGAGAGAAAGAAAGAGAUGGAUUGAGAGAGAUCGAUCAGUACAUCCGGAGUAGGUGAUCAGUUGUCUGUAUCUCACUCAUGCUGUUGUGUGCGUUGUGCUUUGCUUCAUUAGCUAAAUGUCAUCCAGACCCCGACUCAGAUGGCAUCCAGUAACUAACCCUAUAGUGAAUCCCAUGAAGCUAGGAUCACAGUCUACAUACAGUGAGUGGAUUGAUGAAGGCUUUUCUCAGGUUGCUUGAACGAGUAAGAGAGCUCCAGCUCUAGGUCAGGCUCCUGGCCCCCACCGGUCACACAGCGACCCAGAGAGGAUGGCUCAGUCAUGGGGAAGUCAUGUUAAGUAAGCCAAAGCUCUACAGCUAAAUAACCAGUCAGAUUAUCGGAUGUUCAUGUUGUUAAUCCCUGACUCUGUAAGACAAUGAGAGGAGCUGGACAAAAAGAAGACCAACUAGAUUAGAGAUGGAAUGUCCAUUUUGUUUUCCUAUGAUAUACAGCCUGACUACCAGCCCAGGCCAGAGAGGACAAUGGUGGGUCUGCCUGGAGGGAGACUGGUGUCUGCCCCACUAAAGACCAUAUUUACUUCCAUACCAGUGAGCCUGGUAAAUGGGACCAGUACCCAUGACAAAGCCCCCGAUGCUGAACUCUCUAUGGGUUCAGACCAGGGACAGAUAAUGAGCCUCCUCUCCUUCUCCAUGACUCUGGAUGCACAGACUCAACUUGGUUCUACAAUGUAUGGGCCAAUGGCAGGGGUUCAAUUACUCAAUCCCAGGUAGAGGGAGCAAUACUGAUACGGUUGGAAUUUUACACCUUGCAGAGAUAAGAUAUUGAUGGACUUUAUUAAUCCACUUUCUGCCGAAAACUGAAACUUUUUUUGCAGUAUUACAAAGCCCUCCUUUACCUCCAUUUAACGCCUGGUAAUGUGAGCCAUUUUUUUUUUGUAUAAUUAAUUUAUUCACACAAUUUACUAUGCUAAGUAGUCUUAUCCCAUAUCAGAAAGAUAAUCAAUAUUCAUGGAUUGAACUUCAAACAAACUCUCCAAUCUCUAAUAAGAAGCCUUGGUGUGCAUCAUUAUUCAAUAAAGUAGCUUGAAUAAAGCACACUAGCAAAAAGCUAGAGGAUGACCAGGUCUAGCCAGCCUUGGCUUGAACAUGACGUCAGAUUUAUAAGAUUGUAUUUCUGCCUGCUGCACUUCAUGACGACGGUACGGUUGUAUUUUUGCCUGCUGCCCUUCAUGACGACGGUACGGUUGUAUUUCUGCCUGCUGCCCUUCAUGACGACAGUACGGUUGUAUUUUUGCCUGCUGUCCUUCAUGACGACGGUACGGUUGUAUUUCUGCCUGCUGCCCUUCAUGACGACGGUACGGUUGUAUUUCUGCCUGCUGCCCUUCAUGACGACGGUACGGUUGUAUUUCUGCCUGCUGUCCUUCAUGACGACGGUACGGUUGUAUUUCUGCCUGCUGCCCUUCAUGACGACGGUACGGUUGUAUUUCUGCCUGCUGUCCUUCAUGACGACGGUACGGUUGUAUUUCUGCCUGCUGCCCUUCAUGACGACGGUACGGUUGUAUUUCUGCCUGCUGCCCUUCAUGACGACGGUACGGUUGUAUUUCUGCCUGCUGUCCUUCAUGACGACGGUACGGUUGUAUUUCUGCCUGCUGCCCUUCAUGACGACGGUACGGUUGUAUUUCUGCCUGCUGUCCUUCAUGACGACGGUACGGUUGUAUUUCUGCCUGCUGCCCUUCAUGACGACGGUACGGUUGUAUUUCUGCCUGCUGCCCUUCAUGACGACGGUACGGUUGUAUUUCUGCCUGCUGUCCUUCAUGACGACGGUACGGUUGUAUUUCUGCCUGCUGCCCUUCAUGACGACGGUACGGUUGUAUUUCUGCCUGCUGUCCUUCAUGACGACGGUACGGUUGUAUUUCUGCCUGCUGCCCUUCAUGACGACGGUACGGUUGUAUUUCUGCCUGCUGCCCUUCAUGACGACGGUACGGUUGUAUUUCUGCCUGCUGUCCUUCAUGACGACGGUACGGUUGUAUUUCUGCCUGCUGUCCUUCAUGACGACAGGCCAGGUGGGAAAGGUGAUCCUGAACCAGGACUCCUGUCCUCCUGUGCUAGGACCAGGUGGGAAAGGUGAUCCUGAACCAGGCAACGUGAUGUUCCAGGUCAAACAGGGAACAACAAUCCUCUGUGAAUGA